AUGUCUAAACGGAGGAUUGAAGUAAUGGAUCCUUUUAUUAAAAAGAAACGCGAGGAAAAAGCAGCGGCUGCUGCUAAAUCCGGCGGCAGUGGUGAAGGGUCAUCAGACUCCGUGGCCAACCUAGGAACAUCUCUAUCUAGCACUUCAAGCGCGCCUGGGAUUAAUCCAUAUAGUGGUCUACCACACUCCCCACGCUACCAUGAACUAUUGCAAAAACGGCUGGGUCUCCCUGUAUGGGAGUAUAAAAAUGAUUUCAUGCGUCUUCUCAAUACACAUCAAUGUGUUGUGCUUGUUGGAGAAACAGGAUCUGGUAAAACUACACAAAUUCCUCAGUGGUGUGUUGAAUUUGCUUGCGUCACUGCAAGUAAAUCCAAAGGCGUUGCCUGUACUCAGCCAAGAAGAGUAGCAGCCAUGUCGGUGGCUCAAAGAGUGGCUGAAGAAAUGGAUGUAGCAUUAGGACAGCAAGUGGGUUACAGUAUCCGUUUUGAAGACUGUUCAGGACCACAGACAGUAUUAAAAUACAUGACAGACGGUAUGUUGCUUCGUGAGGCAAUGUCGGACCCAAUGUUGGAUCAAUAUAGAGUAAUUUUACUUGACGAAGCUCACGAAAGAACAUUAGCAACAGACAUUCUAAUGGGUGUCUUGAAAGAGGUUAUAAAACAGAGACCAGACUUGAAACUAGUUAUUAUGUCUGCUACGCUAGAUGCUGGCAAAUUCCAACAGUACUUUGAUAAUGCACCACUAAUGAAUGUUCCGGGACGAACACAUCCUGUAGAAAUAUUCUAUACACCUCAGCCCGAACGCGACUACUUACAGGCGGCCAUACGUACUGUGAUACAAAUACAUUUAUGUGAAGAAGUUGCAGGUGAUAUUCUCCUGUUUUUGACUGGUCAAGAAGAGAUUGAGGACGCCUGUAAGAGGAUCAAACGGGAGGUUGACAACUUGGGUCCUGAUGCAGGUGAACUAAAGUGCAUUCCAUUAUAUUCCACUCUGCCCCCAAAUCUCCAACAGAGAAUUUUCGAGCCUGCACCCCCAAACCGCCCCAAUGGUGCGAUUGGAAGGAAAGUUGUGGUAUCUACAAAUAUAGCUGAAACCUCUUUAACGAUAGAUGGUGUAGUGUUUGUGAUAGACCCUGGAUUUGCUAAGCAGAAAGUGUAUAACCCAAGGGUUCGUGUAGAGUCUUUACUGGUGUCUCCAAUCAGUAAGGCUUCUGCCCAGCAGCGGGCUGGACGUGCCGGAAGAACUCGCCCCGGAAAGUGCUUCAGGUUGUACACAGAGACAGCGUACAAGAAUGAAAUGCAGGACAACACAUACCCAGAGAUUUUGAGAUCAAACUUAGGGUCUGUAGUUUUGCAGUUGAAAAAGUUGGGGAUUGAUGACCUCGUGCACUUUGACUUCAUGGACCCACCAGCCCCCGAGACACUUAUGAGGGCCUUGGAGCUACUUAACUAUCUCGCUGCUUUGGAUGAUGAUGGAAACCUAACAGAUUUGGGUGCGGUGAUGGCAGAGUUUCCAUUAGACCCGCAGUUGGCGAAGAUGUUGAUUGCCAGCUGCAACCACAAUUGCUCCAAUGAGAUCUUGUCCAUCACAGCCAUGUUAUCAGUGCCUCAAUGCUUUGUUCGGCCAAAUGAGGCGAGGAAAGCCGCGGACGAAGCAAAGAUGCGUUUCGCUCACAUCGAUGGAGACCACCUCACGUUGCUCAACGUUUAUCACGCGUUUAAACAGAACAUGGAGGACCCUCACUGGUGCUACGACAACUUCAUCAACUACAGAUCACUCAAGUCUGGAGACAAUGUCAGGCAACAGUUAAGCAGAAUUAUGGAUAGAUUUAAUCUGAAAAGAACAAGUACGGAGUUUGCGAGUAAAGAUUACUACAUUAAUAUAAGGAAAGCACUCGUCAAUGGAUUCUUUAUGCAGGUAGCACAUCUGGAGCGGAGCGGCCAUUACCUAACAGUGAAGGACAACCAGAUUGUGCAGCUGCAUCCGUCGACCUGCCUGGACCACAAACCCGAUUGGGUUAUUUAUAAUGAAUUCGUGUUGACCACCAAGAAUUACAUACGGACCGUUACUGAUAUUAAACCUGAAUGGCUCUUACGCAUCGCCCCACAGUACUACGAACUAAAUAACUUCCCAGUGUGCGAAGCGAGACGGCAGCUGGAACUACUGCAGGAGCGUCUAGACUCCAAAUCCUACCAGGAAGGCUUCUAA